AUACGAGGUGGCUGUUAAGUCAGUUUUCCCUCCUCGGUGUUAAGCUAACGAGCCGUGCUAAUGUUUAGCUGAAGACACUUUUACUGUUCACCGUUUUGAUUUCCGUUGAGAAGGGAAAGGCUGAAUACAAACUGAACAUCAGUACAGCACAGGUGAAGAGGACGUAUGUGGUCCUGCUAGCAGGCCAAGAUGUUCAACAAGUCGUUCGGCACUCCCUUUGGUGGAGGGACCGGGGGAUUCGGCACAUCAUCGACAUUUGGUCAGCAAAAUACAGGUUUUGGAACAACAGGAGGGUUUGGGACAUCUGCUUUUGGGACAACCAGUAAUGCUGGAGGAUUGUUUGGUUCCACUCAGAAUAAACCAGGUGGUCUGUUUGGUACAAACACAUUCAGCCAGCCGGCGACAUCAUCCACCAGCACUGGCUUUGGUUUCGGACCUGCCAGCGGUACUUCAACCAGUCUGUUUGGAAACACAGGGACAGGAACCAGUGGAGGUCUCUUUUCUCAGCAGAACAAUGCAUUUGGAGCGAAUAAACCCGCAUCUUUUGGGAGUUUUGGGACAAGUACUAGCAGCGGAGGGCUGUUUGGGUCAACAAACACCACCUCUAACCCAUUCGGUGGUAACUCCCUGUUUGGAGGCUCUGGGUUCUCUGCUGCACAGCAACCAGGGACUACAGUGAAAUUCAACCCUCCAACAGGAAGUGAUACAAUGGUGAAAGCAGGUGUGACUACAAGCAUCAACACUAAACACCAGUGUAUCACAGCCAUGAAGGAGUAUGAAAACAAAUCUCUGGAGGAAUUGAGACUUGAGGACUACCAGGCUGGCAGGAAAGGCCCAACCAAUCCCAUGGCUGCAGGGACAGGCAGUCUGUUUGGUUCUGCCACAGCCACAUCUAGUGCUCCCACUGGCCUGUUUGGCUCCUCUGCCCCCAACACCAGCUUCUCUUUCGGACAGAACAAGAGCACCUUUGGCACAAGUACUGGUGGCUUUGGCACGACCACCGGUGGUCUGUUUGGUCAGCAGAAUCCACAGCAGGCUGCCAGCCUCUUCAAACCAUUUGGUCAGACCACCACCGCCCCAAGCACUGGAUUCUCCUUUGGCAACACAAACACCAUGGGUCAGGCCAACACCAGCAGCAUGGGUCUGUUUGGGAACACGGCAGCGUCUCAAUCAAGCGGACUGUUUGGCACCGCUCAGACGAGUACGGCCACUGGCUUCGGGACGAGCACUGGGCUGUUUGGACAAACCAACACUGGAUUUGGAAAUGUCGGCACACAGCAGAGUCUGUUUGGGAAUAAGACCACAGGUUUUGGCGCCACCACCACCAGUGCACCAUCCUUCGGCACUGGCACCAGUCUCUUUGGUAACAAACCAGCGCUCACACUCGGAACAGGAACCAACACCUCAACCUUUGGCUUUGGUGCAAACCCUGCUGGAGGAAGUCUGUUUGGGAACAAGCCAGCUGCUGGUGGACUGGGGACUGGACUGGGCACUGGCUUUGGAACAGCUGUGGGCACUGGGCAGACAUCUCUGUUCGGGAAUAACCAGAACAAAUUGGGCACCACACUAGGAACGAUGGGGACGUUCGGAGCAACAGGUUUUAACAGUGGAACCAGCAAUGUAUGCUUUGGCGCUCCGCAACAGCCUGUGGGUCAGUCGCUCAGUGAUCCGAACGCAACAGCAGCCCAGCAGGCCAUGCUCCAGCAACAGCUCAGUGUUCUGGCAUACUCACCAUAUGGAGAUUCACCUCUUUUUAGAAACCCCAUGUCAGACCCAAAAAAGAAAGAAGAGCGUCUGAAACCAACUAAUCCAACGGCUCAGAAGGCUCUGACCACACCCGCCCACUACAAGCUGACCCCUCGACCCGCCACCCGAGUCCGGCCAAAAGCACUCACGUCUUCAGGGGCGUCGAAGUCCCAGCUCUUUGACGGCCUGGAUGACGAUGAGCCCUCGCUCACCAAUGGGGCCUUCAUACCCAGAAAGAGCAUCAAGAAGCUGGUGCUGAAAAACUUGAACAGCAGUCAGUACAGCAGUCCACUCAACAAAGAGACAGAUGACCUCGCUUCACCGUCAGAGUAUCCACAGAAUGGACACAACCAUAUGGAUGAGGAGGAGGAGCUCAGGGAGGCCCCGGGCCCCAGCAACCAAACAGAUGAUGACCCAGAGGUCACCCAGUUCUAUGUCAACCCCAUCGCCAAACCAAUCCCUCAAGGCCGAGCUCAGACCAGCCUCCAGGACACCAUCAGCGACCUGAAUAUGCACAAACCAACCAGGAGCAGUCUGGAGCUGAGCAGUGAUGAUGUAUCAGCGUCUUUGGGAGAGGAGUCUCUGCAGGAGGAUAAAGAGGAGGAGCAGGUGGAGUCACAACAAUCUCCACAUCCAGCAGGCAUUGUUUUAAACCGUGUGGGUUACUACACCAUCCCUUCUCUGGAGGAUCUGGCUGAGAUGGUUGAUAGUAAUGGAGACUGUGUGGUGGAAAAUUUCACUGUCGGCCGCAAAGGGUAUGGCUCCAUCUUCUUCCCUGGAGAAGUGAAUGUGACAGGAUUGCACCUCGAUGAGAUCGUCCACUUUAGACGCAAAGAGGUCAUUGUAUACCCUGACGACAAAAACAAGCCUCCUGAGGGGGAGGGCCUUAACAGACGGGCAGAGGUGACCCUGGAUGGUGUUUGGCCAAAUGAUAAGACGACUUGCACUCAGAUCAGGAGUCCAGAGCGUCUGACCGACAUGAACUAUGAGGGUCGACUGGAGAAAGCUUCACGCAAGCAGGGAGCGCGUUUCCUGGAGUACAGACCUGAGACCGGAUCCUGGGUCUUUGAGGUGGCCCAUUUCUCCAAAUAUGGCCUCCAGGACUCAGACGAGGAGGAGGAAGUCCCUCCCAAAGUCGACCCUAAGAAGCUGAAGACGAUGACUCUCCCUCCCUCCAGGCUGCAGCAGCUUCCUCCUACACAGCAGCAGGUGGCGCCACAGGCUCAGUCCACAGUCGUUAUGGAUCUUCCUAGCGGUGUGGCAGAGGUGGACAGCGACAUGGCUGACAUCACCCAGAGCUUCCCGACAGAGAGCAUGCUGGGAGGAGAACAGGAGGGUGACCUCAGUGGUGGUGGGCUGACGGCGGGGGAGAUGGACAUGACAAGCAGUCAACUCGGAGGUUUGAUCUCCGCAGAGCACGACUCUCUGUCCGCCUCCACACAUAUUGCAUCUUCACUGGGAAUCAACCCACACACGCUGCAGAUCAUGAAGGCAUCUCUGUUCGCUGAGGAUGAGGAGGAGUGUGGAGACCUGUUCCAUGAUCACGGAGCAAUGAAGAUGUCCACUGACAUCUCAUCUCCUCGUAUUGUCCUGCCUGGAGCUCCGAGCCGAACGCCUGGUGGUCUCCUUCAGGCCCGGUUCACCUCAGGCCUCCUCUCCCAGCUCCCAGAUUCACCCAAACCUCCCUUCCCCCCUCCCUCUCUGUCCCGAGCAUCUCCGGCUGCUAUCGACAGCUCCCGCUCCAUACAGUGGGCGGGGCCUGGGCCCUCCUUCUUCAUGCUACCACCUCGGACUGCAGAGCCCGCCAUUCGAACCGUUGGGGCCCGGAGGCUUGGGGGCCCUGUGCCCUUGAAAGAGUCGGUCACUCAGGGCAAGGGUGGGUUACUGAUGGAUGCAGGGCUGUUCGCUGGGCGUUCGUUUCGGGUUGGAUGGGGUCCUGGUUGGACUCUGGCGCACUGUGGAGACCGGCUAAGCUCACCACCGGCCAAACAACUUGACAACCAAGAGACCACCAAAACUGACUUCAGCUUCCUGCCAAAACCUGCCAGGAGCAAACCCCUCACUGAGAGCCCCUAUAAGGUGGUUCUGGAGCAACUGGUGGGUCUAGGCCCCACGGAAGGGAAGAACGCUGAGGAAGAGGAGGACGAAGAGAGGCAGGUGGUCUUACAGCGCCCAUUGGAAAUCUGCCUGAAGCACAGCACUGUCAGCAGCUCAGAUAUGUCCGAAUGCCCAUUGGUGCAACCUCAGCCCGGUGUCACAGCGCUGCAUGAGUACGCAGAGUGGAUCACUGAGCUCAACGACAAGCAGGGUGACACAGACCCCCUGCUUGGGUACUGGGCCGAGGUCUGGACCCUGUGUGAGGCCCUGUGGGGGCGACUGGGCCCCGCAGACCAGGAGUCUGACGUGGAGACCACCACCGAUUAUCAGCAGCAGUUGGAGAGGAGGCGGACUUUCUCUGCUUGGUUGGCCCAUGGUGCCACCUACAGGGUGGAGGAUGAGGUGUCACUGGCAGGAAAAGGACGUCACACAGACGCCAUCUUCAGCUACCUGACAGGAAACCGCAUCAGCGAGGCAUGCCGACUCGCUCAGAAGGAAGGAGACCACCGUCUGUCCCUGCUGCUGUCUCAGGCUAUGGGCUCGCAGUACUGCAGAGACCUACUGGGCCUUCAGCUCGCAGACUGGAACCGCAUGCAGACCGACAGCUACCUGACAGAAGAGAGGCUUCGAAUCUUUGCCCUGCUCACCGGGAAACCUGUGUGGCAGUCUUCAGACUCAGUGGUGAAUGUCUGCUCUGAGUUGGACUGGAAACGCUGUGUGGCCGUUCACCUCUGGUUCAUGUUGCCUCCUACUGCCUCUGUGGCUGACGCCCUCGCCAAGUACGAAGCUGCCUUUAAGGGUUUAUGUGAGGGUGGAAAGUACGCCUGCGCCCCUCUGCCUCCAUACCUAGAAACCGAGCAGCCAGAUCUGGAGGACAGUGAAGAGGAGGAGGAGAGUAAACGGCCACUGUACGACCUCUGCUUUCACCUGCUCAAACUCUACAGCGACAGACACUACAGUCUGCAGCAGCUGUUGGACCCUCUGAGCGUCACCUGGGAGCGUCUGGAUUAUCGUCUAAGCUGGCACUUGUGGGGCGUCCUGCAGUCGCUUCACUACAGCCAUCUGAGCGCCUCCAGGCAGGGACUCCUCCACGCCAGCUACGCCGCUCAGCUGGAGAGCGCUGGCCUCUGGCACAUGGCUGUCUUCAUCCUCCUGCACAUCCCUGACCACAUUCAGCGAGAGCGAGCUGUCAGAGAGCUGCUGACCCUCCACUGCCCCCUGCAGGACACAGAUGAGUCUGUUCAGAGGGAGCGCUUCCUGACUGAGAGGCUGCUGAUCCCGGAGCGCUGGAUCCACGAGGCCAAAGCCACCAGAGCCCGACGAGACGGCGACAGACACCAGGAGGCUCUGCACCUGUACCGGGCUGGAUACUGGAACCAGUGUCACCGACUGCUGAUCCAGCACCUGGCCUCAGACUGCAUCAUCAACGAUAAUCACGACUACCUUCUGGAGUUCCUGGAGGGGCUGGCGGUCCCUGAACACUGCGCCACUAUCCAGGACUGGGACAUGGCUGGGAGGGUUUACCUGGACUACAUCAGGGUGAUCAAGACUCUGCAGGACAUUCAGCAGAUGGAGAACACUGGUUAUGAGCUGGAGCGUCUUUACACCGAGGUGACAUCUCUGUGCAGUAGAAUUGAGUUACUGCCAUGCAGCACCGCUAGAGACAGACUCGCCCAAUCAGAAAUGGCGAAGCGCGUGGCAAACAUCCUGCGCGUGGUCCUCAGUCUGCAGCAGGGCGACGGCGCCACGGACGCCCUCAGCAUCCCGUUGGCUCAGCUGGCGCCGCACAUCAGCCGCCUGCCGAUGCCCGAGGACUACACACUGGAGGAGCUGCGAGGGCUCACACAGUCCUACCUGAGGCAGCUCAUCGUCAGCCAGUGAGUGCUCAGAACCGCGGUGAGGGGACGGGAAAUGACAGAAAUCAAACAUUCAGACACACAAUGUUUACUGACGCCGACUCGGUUUUAGUUCGGAUGAUUUGUGUUUCUGCUUCUCCAGCGCCUUGAGUUAAACAUCAGGUCAGCGCUUCAGUAUGCCAUUCCUCACUAAGUGUAUGUGUGUGUGUCUGUGUGUGUGUGUUUAGGGAGUGUUUUGGUCAUAACCAAUCGGAGAACGACACAAAAUGACCUGAGUUCCCCUUAAAAGAUGAGUCUCCUGUCAUAUUUCAGCCUGUCUAAUCCAAAUCUCAUAUAACCUGUAUAAAAGUACUGUGCCAUCUGCAGACCUCGAAGGGAAGUUUUGUAUUUUUCCAGGCAGUUUAUCCUCGUUUCUAAUGAACAUUAACAUUAAUAUUCAAACAAACUACUGAAACUCUCAGAUGAGAGAUGAAAGCUGCAGAUUCACUCGUUCAUUGGAAUCAGACCUGCUCCAAUGCAGGGAAAUAAGAAAAGUCAUGCUUGGAAUAUUUUUUAAUACUACCAUCCUGAGAUUGUGAAGUGAAUAUUUCAUAAAGUUGAAGUAACAAAGUCAGUUUUCUUGUGAUAAUGGGUUGCUUUGUCUUCAGAGACUAUGAUUUCAUGAGGUAUUUUGUCCAGGUAACCAAAUAAUAAAUCUGUAGUUUGAAUGGAUGAGUCAUUAUUUAUAAAUGGAUCUUUUUUUGUAUGAACAUAUGAUUGAUGACAAAAUGUCUUAACAAAAACAGUUUUCUCCAGCAAAAUGUGUGGAUGCAUUAUUCAUAAUAAAAAUGAUGUGAAACACAAUAGAACACCAGGGUAAGGCAAUGAGUCAAGAAACAUACACAGCUACUGUAAUACACUGUUUUAGACAUUGAUCAAAUAUUGCUCGACACCAACUUAUUUGGAGUGAAUGAUGGAUCUGAAACUAGUGUGCGAUGAUGUAAUGUUAGAUACAGAUUCAUGCUCACUCCGAUGUUUAAAAUCAUUUGGCCGAUAGCUGAUGUUUUGAUCAUUUUUGUAUUGAGGAAAUCACUUAAUCUUUCACGCCUCUCAGGCCUUCAUCACACAGUUGAAUGAGCAUAAAUUAGAUCGUACAUUGAAAGACACAGCCUUUUAUUUAUAUCACACAUCAAAUAAAUGUCGUCACAUUGGUCACGUAUUGACCAGUGUCCGUUUGUCUCUAAUUAUAUGUAAUUUGAGGAAACCACCUUUAGUGGUCUGGAGAAAACAUGAAAAAUUAAUCUGUUAUUUUGAUUAAAAUUAGCUUUGUUUAUCUUUUGCUUGAUUUGUGAUCUUAAGAUAAAGGUAUGAAAAACUAUUAGCACGGCCAUUCUGUCUCCUGUAUCGAGUCGAGGCUCCAUGAUCCCAUUUUUU